CUUGAAUCCAGUGCAGAUAAGGUAGGGUCAUGUCGGACAGCAUGUGCCCAGAGCAUGAGGAAUGGUCUUGCAGGUCAACACUGGCCUGAGGAGCUAUGGCCGAGGCCGGCCCGUCCUUUUUGGAUGCGAUCGGCCAGAGCAUUUUGGAUUCCGCCAGCUCAAUCGAUGCACACAUUGAUGCGGGCGCAUUGAUCGACCGGAUUUCAGGAGAUGCUACUUCCUCCAGUGCUCACCGGGCCCGGCAGUUUGCGCUCUCAGAGCUGAAAGCCUUGGCCAAGCGAGCGCCGGGCGCCGUCGUGGCCACCGAAGGGGCCGUUGUGGCCAUUCUGCGUGUUGUGGAGAAGCUUUCUCCAAAGGGGGAUGAAGAAAUCGAGGACGAGAACGUGGAGUCCUUGCAGGAAGCCUUGGAAUGUUUGGGAUACCUCAUGGAUGAUAGCACGACCAAAGCUGUCGGCAAGGGAGAGGUGAAAGAGAUGCAGCAAGAUGGGACUCGGGCACAGCUGGUGGCAGAGCUAGCGGUGAAGCACUCGGAGAAUGGCAAGCAACUGCUGCGCUUGUUGAGUGUUGGUGAGACCUCAACGCAGUACGACGCCUUGGUUCUACUGCAAAAAAUUUAUCGGCGCUUGCCGGAACCGGUGAAUUCGGCGAUUCUUGCAGAUCCAAGGUCGCUUGGGCAUAUGAUGAAUGUUUUGCAAAGCUCACCCAUUGAGUAUAUCCGGAACGAGUCCUUGGGACUGCUGCUGCUGAUCACGGCAAGCAAUGCUGACAUCCAGACCAUCGUCACCGUGCAGGGGUUCAUCGAAACCAUUUUUUCAAUCUUGGAAGAUGAAGACCUGACAGCUGGCGGCAAAGUGGCCCGAGAUCUACUGCAAUGCCUGAUCAACGUGGUUGGGAAUCCCACAUGCCAGAAGUACUUGCGUGAGACAAACGGCGCUGCCUCAAUUGUCUCCGCGAUCUCCUCUGUCAUCACUGGGAAACCGUCAGAUGAAGAUGAGGAUGAUUUCGAGGAAUAUGAGAAGCGGGAGGGCGAACACCGCUGGUCCUGCCUCUCUCUGUUGGUAGAUGCCUCCUUGGCCUUGGUGGAAGGCGACCAGGCAGAGGCAAAUCGUCUGGCCUUGGUCAAGGCUGGAGCACUAGAGUUGCUGCAACACUUGGCAGAGCCCAUGGCGGAGGCCCCUCAGCUUCGCUUGCUGCGGGUCUUUGAGGCCUUAGAGCCCUGCCCACAGGCAGCAGAGCGCCUACAGAGCUUUGCGCGGCGAAGAGCGCCGCUGCUCUUCGAUUUGGUGGCAGUGCUGCUCGGUCCAGUCACUCCUCUAACACUGCGGAAUGCCUUGGGUCGUGUCCUUUGUCGUUGUAUUGCCAGACAUUCCUCGCUGCAGUCUGGAGCUUGGAAGCUGCAAGUUGUCCCGCAUUGCCCAGACUCACCUCUUUGCUGUUCGGCUUUGCGUGAUAAGCAAUGUUUCACUGCCUGGGGCAUAUUUCAAGUUUGGUAA